UAGUGCGAAAUUGCGUCAAUGUUUUUUUUGACUUUUUCCUUAUUUUCCGCGAUUUCCUAUUCACUCAUUUGCAAAAUAUUUUUCCGACGAAAUGCGAUUAGAAAAUCUUGUUUAUCUCAUUUAUCGCAUAUUAUCAUCAUAUUACUGAAGUUCAAAGAAACGCAUUAUUUCAGGAAAAUUCUCCAUCAUUUUUUCCGGGAGGAGCCGAUGUGUAAAGCAAUCGCUUUUCUGCAAGAUGAGGCAUCCGUUAAGACGUAUCUAAAUCUUAUAAGAACAUGGAUGAAGGAUACCAUCAGUUUGGUUGCGCUCAGUUUGACAUCGGGACGAGUCGUUGGAGUUGCCGUUACACGAAUCAACAGCAAUUCGGAUAAAAGCGAUACAUACAAUCGAGUGCAAAAUUUCGACGGAGACGCUCUAGAGAAAAUCAUGGGCCUGAUCAACGCUUUGAUAAAACGAUCGAAUAUGUACACGGAGCUCGAUUGCGAUGCGUAUCUACGAGUUCAUAUUCUUUGCGUUCAUCCAUCCUACCAGCAGAAAGGCGUCGGCGCGGCUCUGCUGAAAACCUGCGUCCAAAUCGCGUCCACGUUGGGCAUUCCGGCUAUCGGCAGCGUCUUCACGUCGGGUCUGAGCCAGUCGUUAGCCCUGAAACUAAAUUUCCGUCUCAUCGCGGAAAUCCGCUACAGUCGCUGGGUCGUCGACGACAGGGUCGUGUUCGACGACACCGGCAAGGGAAAUUACUCGGCCGCUUUCAUGGGAAUGCGAAUAUCCCGCGACGAAUUUGAAGACGGGAAAUAACGAUCGCGACUGUGUAUCGUGCGUUGAUAUAUUAAUUCUCCGACUGUUGCCGAUGAUAAUACCAGAGAGAAAUCUGAGAGAGGACAUGACAGCCUUUUACGUGUUACCACAAAAUGCCCUCGUGUACUAAAGUUUCCUGAAGAAGAGGAUGAAACUACAUAGCAACAUUCACUUUUCUGCAUCGCAGGUAUACAAUUUGUGGUGCGUGUCCACCUUUCGAGACUGCUGGGAUUUUAUUUUCGAGAUUAUUCUCGAAAAAUUGUAUAUUCGAAAAUCAUGUCCUCUCUUAGAUUACGAAUAUUUCCGACGAGUAACACAGUC